AGAAAGUUGAGUACAACAGUAAGCCAGUUUUGUAUUGUUGCUUCAGAAACAUUAGACAUUGACUUAAAUGAAUUAUUUAGUAUUUAUGAAUUGAAUUUCAAUCCUCUCCUCAGCUGUCGCAGUCGCGAGGAAAGCCAUAGCGAGAAGAUAACUCUGCUUGAUUGCCAGCGUUUGUUAAAAUACCAAAAUGAUCCUAAUCGAACUCUCGGAGUGGAGCUUAAUUUAAGUCUUGGGUUGGCCUUUUAAAGGCUGAUCUAUUAAAAUGUCAGAUUCUGAGGAUGAAGGACCUGACAAGCAGCUGAAACUCAUUGUAAUGGGAGAUGGUGCGUCGGGCAAGACAUCGUUGUGCAUGAGAUAUACCCAAGAACAUUUCAAAAAGGAGUAUGGACAGACAGUUGGACUUGACUUCUUUUUAAAGAGAAUUGUGUUACCAGGUGGUGUGAAUGUAGCCUUGGAGGUGUGGGACAUUGGUGGCCAGACGAUGGGAAGUGCAAUGCUGUCAAACUAUAUAUUUGGAGCUCAUGGAGUUUUACUGGUGUAUGAUAUAACCAACUACUCUAGUUUUGAGAACAUGGAAGACUGGUACAACUCAGUUAAGAAAAUCUGCAUUGGAGGACGAUUACCUCACAUUGCACUUGUUGGCAAUAAAAUUGACCUUGAGCACAUGCGAACAGUUAAGCAGGACAGACAUCAGAAAUUUGUACAGGAACAUGGUCUGACAAGUUACUUUGUAUCAGCAAAGACAGGAGAUUCAGUAAAUCUGUGUUUCCAGCGAGUGGCAGCUGAUAUUCUUAACAUCAAACUCACAAAGCCAGAGGUGGAACAGCAAAGAGUGGUUAAGGCUGAGGUUAUUCAGUACAGCAACGAGAUGGCUGCUGCACUACCAAAGGCCCAAGAGACAAAGAGUUCAUUUUGCUCCGUCCAGUGAUGGCUGUGUUCUUGUCUCAAAAAGGAGGGGGGAAAAGACAGAUUCUAGGCACAGGAUUUGUGACGUGAUUAUAAAGUAGCAUGUCAGAAAAUGUUUUCCACAGGUUUGAAGUUUGUUGAAUCUUGUCUCCUAGUUCUUAAUCCUGAUUCCAGUGACAGAUAUUGUGUCUUUUCUCAGCUUGUAUUUUGUACGCAGUCAUGCAAUAUCGCACCUCUGUUUUCUGUCUUUGUCAAUAGCCAAAACAUCCACAUGUAAUGCAAUGUACUCUCCAAAAAGCAUUCAGAUUUACCAAAGUAUUUUAGAGGCUUGACUACUUAAGAUGUGAUUGCACUGUUAAAAAUUUGGAACAUUGUAAAAUUAAGUCACGCUUAAACUUAAAUGUUUUCUAAGUUUGCAAGGUGAUCAUUGUGUGUAUGCAAUGUAUAUGUGUGUGAUGUGUGCAUGCUUGUGCACAUUUGAGUGAGAGAGAUACCACACCCAUUGUCCUUCACCCAUUUGCAUAAAAUAUCAGCACAAGACAAGAGAUGUUUUAGUGAGCAGUGCUGCAUUCAUCUUGCCAGUACAUUUUUACAAUUCAAUUAAUUCACUUCCUGUGGCACAUAGUUUUUUUUCUUUGAACAUUUGGCAGUUAUGAGACAAUCUAAUCACAAGUGAUAUAUGAUCAUAAUUAAUGUUGUUUCAUGAUUUUGUCUUAGAUAACAGAGUUAUUAGACAAUAUUGAAAAGAACUUUUAGGAAGUAAGAAAAUGUAGAUGUGUCAAAUGUUAUAGGUAUUGAAAAUGGACUAUCUAAUUAAAGGGUAUAAAAGAGAAUAAUUCUAAUGUUUCAAAGCAGAAUGUUGAACAGUUAGAGCACUAGCGUGCAAAUCCAAAGGCAUGCUGGUUUUGUGGUGCAGCUAACGUGUCGCACGAACCCUAACCUAGCUGUCAGGAAUGGUAACUGACUCCAUGCAAGGUUGAGGGAAAAUAAAGCAACAAGAGGGAGAGUGGGACAUCCCACUCAAAAGCCUAAAGGUUAAGGGAUGAUUUUUUUAAAAUGAUAUAUAAAUAACUGAUGCAUACGUGAAAUGCUUUUUUUGUUGUUUAGUGUACAUGCACACUGGAUUUUAAUUUGUAACUGUUCCCCUCCUCCAGUUAAUUAGUAGACCUGUCAUUUUGAAAGUCAAAAUUUAAGAGGAUAAUAUAAUAAUUUUAAUGGGAACUUAUGCACAGCAUCACAACCAAGACUGCACUCUGUGCACAGACCAGUAAUAAUAGUUGAAAGAUAACAGCCAGUGGACAGUGAGAUACGUAAGAUACUGAGUGAAAUACUGAACAACACAAAGAUGAGGUAUAAGAGUAGAAAGUAAAGCAAUGGAUGAAGGUAUGAAGGGAUGUAGGUAUUAAAAACAGUGUAAGAUGGAGUUGUUAAUGAUGUUAGCAUGACAGUAUUACCAGGGAGUUAAGAAUAGUAAUUCAGGGAUAGUCCUUUGUGAACAGAAUUGUGAGGAAUAUAUAUUGUACUUUUUUUCAAA